AUGGCCGCUGGAAAACCAUUGGCUGAUGGCCCAUAUCCUCUCAUCGGGACUCCAUCCAAAACGCAAGAUAUAGUAACGGCUACCUCAAAUCCUGAUAUUCCCGCAGCUAGUGUUUUGCAGAAAUCUCAUGCCGCCAUUCACGCUGCCAGCGAAUGCGCUGUCAACAGCAUCUACCUCCAAGCUCCCAAUGUCCGCAACCCGUCUGACAUCAAGGACUUCCUACACUUCGUGAUACUAUGGGGAAAUUUCGUCGACAGACAUCACGAGACAGAAGAAGAAUCCAUCUUCCCAGAUCUCGAGAACUUCACGGGAGAUAAAGGACUGAUGCAACAUAGUGUGGAGCAGCAUCAUGCGUUUCAUUCCGGCUUGCAGACACUCAAGAAUUAUGCUUCUAGUACAGCGCCGGAGGACUACAGCAGCGACAAAAGGAAAAGUAUCAUCGACGGCUUUGGCCCGACGCUGCAGGAGCAUCUGGUAGAUGAGAUCGAUACCUUGCUGACUUUGAAAAAAUAUGACAGUGAGGGAUUGAUGCAAGUUUGGAAGAAGGAAGUCUUCCCUUUCGCACUGGGUCUGGCCGACACGACAUAUGAAGGCGGCAGACACAAGUUUCCGCCUGUGCCUUUCUUCAUACCCUAUAUUGUGCACUACUGGUUCAGCUGCAAGUAUGCCGGCACAUGGCGAUUUGCACCGUGCGACUUCUGGGGCAAGCCACGACCACUCGAGUUUUUUCUCUCUUCCAAACCAAUUGGCUUUAUUGCAGCUUCUGGUUCACCUUUGACUCGAUUGGCUUAUGUGGUUAAAGCAGACGCUGCAAUAGGUGGAGUGUCGCCACGACGCCGGAUGUCACAAGAUGAAACGACUGGCCAUGUGGGACAGACGGUGACCCUAAGAGGCCCCUGGACCCUGGGUCAGGGGAAGGUGAUGAGCGCCAUGGGUACCAUCCCAUAUCUAUCACCACCAGAUUUGAAAUCUUCUCGCUUCUUGGUCAUCUAUUGCGUUAUUAGCACACUCUUCUGCUUUCGCCUCAUUCAUUUGGCCAAAGUCAACGCUGUUGCACCAGUUGACUGCCCGCAUCCUCUCGCUUCAUUAGCAUUGAAUGCCUCGGAGCAUUCCCCCCUUUUCCCCAGGAAAAUAUGGCAGACCUCGAGAACCGGUCCUUCAGGAUUAGAUGAGAAGGACCGCAAGGCCAUUCAGUCAUGGGUGAAGAUCAAUCAGAAGCACCGAUACGAAAUCCUUACACAGUACAGCGCCGAAAGCUACGUCAAAGACCGCUUCUCGCACAGGCCUGACAUCCAAGAGAUCUUUGUUGAUCUCCAGGAUCCCAUCUUACGCGCCGAUUUCAUUCGGUAUCUGGUGCUUCUGGGAGACGGCGGGGUAUAUAGUGACAUUGAUACUACGUCGCUGAUACCGAUAGAGGACUGGGUGCCUUCAGCUUACGUCAAUAAGGUAAAUCUAGUUGUUGGCGUUGAAUACGAUACGCUCGAUGGAGGGCGAUGGGGAGACUGGAGCCUUGACCUACAAUUCUGUACUUGGACAAUCUUGGCAAAGCCUGGGCACUUGUUGAUGGAGAUGGCUGUGGACCGGGUAGUCGCUGGUCUGAAGGCGCUAGCACGACAGCAGGAGACGACAAUUUCUGGCAUCCGCCCAUCAUUCAUGGAGGUCUUGAAUACAACCGGUCCCGCUCUUUUUACUGGAGCCGUUAUCGAGGGUCUGGCCCAUACCACUGGGACAAAUUUCACAUGGCAUAAUAUCACUGGUAUCACAGAGUCGAAGCUUGUUGGUGACGUGCUUAUACUGCCCAUCAAUGCUUUCGGAUCGGGUCAAGCGCACUCGAAGAGCGGCAGCCCAGAUGAAAAUACCGCGCUGGUGCAGCAUCUUUUCAAGGGCUCCUGGAAAGUCGACCACCCGUUCGGCGGGAAGGCCGAGAAGGCUCGAGAGCAGUCUGAUGCACAACAGGGUGAAGCGGAAUCGUCUGAGAAGUCAAGUGAGCAUGGGGAGGAUUCGAAUUCGGAAGAGAAGCAAGAAAAGAAGUACGAGAACAAGCAAGAUGCAAACUAG